ACUUGAAUAAGUUUUUUAGCAGAAUUAAACUGGUAAUUAACUUUCCAAUUAGGAUAGUUAAAAUUUUUAGCAUUACUAACUAAAAUCAACAUGCCAAGCACAACAGAAAAUGAAAAUAAUUUGGAAAAUGGCAAGGUGAAUGAAAAGAAGCAAACUACUUUGUUUAAAUUCUUUAAGGGGGAUCAAAAAAAUCAGAACAAAACAAGACCGUUAAAUGAUUUAACAAAUAAACAGAGUUCUGUUUCCAAAUCUUGUCAGGUAAAUCAGCAAAAAGGAAAAAGUAGUGCUAAAGGAGAAUGUUCAUCUGCACAGAACAAACUUACCAAAGUUAAAUCAGAAGGUGUCAGAAAAACGUCAUCAAAGAAGAUUACCAUUAAGCAUCAAAGCUUACAAAAAGAAACCACUGAAACAUCACUACAAAGAAGUUUUAGUUCACAACCUAUAAAAGAAACAUUCAAACGUUCACUUGAUUUUACUACAAAGGACAAAGAACAACAUGUUAUCCAGACCCGUAUUAAAAUGAGAGGAUCAUCAAGCUCAGAUAUAUUUAGGAGCAAAAUAACACAAACACCUGGUAAAACAAAAUAUAAGCUUCAGCAACAAAGUAGCACAUCAAGCACAUCAGAUGAAGUUCAAAUUACUGUUGAACAUGGUUCUGAUAAACCAGUUGAUGCAACUCCAUUUGGGUCUAAUUCAUCGCAGAAUGAAGCUGUUCAGGUAAUGGACUCUUUUACAAGUUCCGAAACAAGCAAUGAGAACGAAGAUGAUAGUGACUUAGGGGUUAUAGGUUCAUCACCUGAUGAUAACCAACGAAUACCAAAUGAUCCAUCACCUGAUCCUGAACCAAGUGAAAAUAAUCACGACAGACCAGCUGUGCAAUCUGGGCCUACAAAUCUACCAAGGUCUUUCAAUUCUAGUGAUUUUCGUACAUAUAAUGAUGGUGGAAUUCUUGGUUAUGGAGGCUAUAGCACUGUACGUAUUGCUUUUCAUGACGCGUUGGAAGUAGUUGCUGUGAAAUGUAUUGAUUGUCCACGAAAUAACACCACAAUCGCAAAUAAAAUAAGUCAAGAGAUGGAUCUCCUUCGAUUGGGUAGAAACCCCAAUGUGAUAUCACUUCUUGGUGUUAUAGCAUGGGAUCAUUCAAUUGGAAUAAUUACAGAAUAUAUGCAUGGUGGGAAUCUGCAGAAUUUGUUUGUAAAUAAUACCAUUCAAAUCAGGCCUGGAUUGAUUCUUCGAAUGUUGUGGGAGGCAGCAAAAGGAGUCUCUUAUUUACACUAUGCUAAUGCAGACCAAGGAAUUAUUCAUGGGGAUUUAAAACCUGACAACUUCAUGUUAACAAGUGGUCUGCAUGUUAAGAUUGGAGAUUUUGGUGGUGCAAGGCUUAAGUCAUUGACAGGAAGCAAUAGACCUAAUGUUUCAGGUGGUGAAUCAACACUUCAAUAUCGUGCACCUGAGAGACUUGUAAAUUACAACAACAUGACAAAAGCAUCUGAUGUUUAUAGUUUUGCUAUGUGCAUUUAUGUUGGUUUGUCUCGAUCGGCAAUUCCUGCUCCAGGAAACCGUCGGGAAUUUGAGGCUUCAGUUCUCAAUGAAGACCGUCCUUUGCUUACCUCCGUAGAUGAACAAAUAAGGCGGUUCGAUGAAUUGGGGGAGGAGGCAAGUUCAAGUAUUGUCUCGAGUAUGAAGGAAAUAUUGAUACAGGCUUGGAGCAAUGAGCCAGAUGAUCGACCAACCAUGGUUCAAGUUCGCAACAGAAUGGAAGAAAUAUUGAAAUUCCAAGAUAUCUCAUCGAUUUCUCAGCAUGCAGCAGAUGUUGCAAAAGAAAUGAGUUUUGAUUUUUUACCUUCACCAGGAAACCGUCCAUGUGUAUGCAUUGAUCAGUUCCAGCAAUCUAGCUAAAUUAGUGAAAUAAGACCGUGUGAUUUUUGGUUAUUUUAAAACACUUAUUUGUACUGCCAGUUUUCUAACACAAUCAUAGGCAACCAAGUCCAUUUUUUACCUAUGCAGCAUACGAGCAUAGGCUAUGCUGCAAAAUGGUUGUUAGGGUAUAUAUAUACAUAUUUUGUUUUUAGGGAGAAUUAAUUUAAAUUAUUUGCACUAUAAAAUAAAUUUUUUAAAAAUGAAUGGAGAUUAAUCUGUUCGAUUGUAAAUUUUUUAUCAUAUUUUAUUUAACCUUAUGAAAUCUAUUCUUUGAAAAAAAUGACUAUAUUUUAUGUAAAUAUCACUUCGGUACAAAAUACCAACAAUCUGUAUAUAUUGAUGUAAUUUAAUGUCUUACUUAUUCAUAUAAAGCAAUCAUUUCCACCGGUAUUACUUGAAUUUUUUGUACAUUUGCAUGUUUCAAUUGCAUUGUGUUACUUUUAUCUGCAGAUAUUUCAAGUGUAGUUAACUUAAAUUAUAUUUUUUUACUUAAAAUGGCUGAUGAAGAUGGUAUCCCACCCUUAGAAGAUAUGACUCCUCUAGUCCAGCGUGUCAAGGAAAUUCAAUUGAAGAAAGAAAAGUCAAUUUCUGCAAGUGGGUCUUCUGUUCUGUCUAAUCAGCCGGAAACUAAAACUUUAUAUAAAGAAGCUUCGAAUGAAGCGAAAAAAUCAUUUGGAGGAAUGCAGAAGGGAUUUUUAUUUGGUAGUAAACCAAAACCAAGCAAGCCAAAUGCAGGUGGUGAAAAGGAACCAGAUUAUGUGGUGAAGCCGAAAGAAAAUAAGGAAAGCCAUUUAGUUUUUGAUGAUGUUCAAAAUGCUAUGAAGGAAACUGGAAACAAACUUCUUGAUGAUAAAACGUGGAUCACAGAGGAUCUUCUAAAGUCCAUUGAGAGCAAUGAUGAUCUUUUGAAGCAACUAUCUGAUCCGAAGUUUAAUCAAGCAAUUCAAUGGAUGCAAAAAGACCCAAAAGCAGCGAUGGAAUAUUACAAAAAUGAUGCUCAAGUCCAGUUGUUUUUUAAGCAAUUUUAUAAAAUUCUAGGUCAGCACUUUACUGAACUUGCUGACGUAUCUGACAAAGAUAAUGGAGCAACAUCCUCUAACAAAGUUGAUACGCAGAUGACAGAGCAAGACAAGAAUGAAAUGGAUCGAAUUUUAUCAAAUCCAGAAAUAAAGUCAAUUCUGAUGAAGCCAGACAUACAGAACCUUUUUACUUUGUUAAAAACUGAACCCGAUAAAGUACAACAACUUUUACGAACCUGUGAACCAAGAAUGAGAUCUGAUAUUCAGAAACUUGUGGAAGCAAGACUGCUUGACUUUCAGCAGCAAUAGAGAUUUUGUUCACUGUAUAUGCAUAUUUUUCACUGUGUAGAUUUGAACAUAUAUUUACUUUUUUUUCUUGAAAGAUUUAGAAUCUGUGUAGGUUGUUUUUAUUUUAAUUUUACAGUAAAUACUCAAAAAUUGAAAAUCACAGAUUUCCUUUAUUGGUAAAUGGUAAGUGUCAUUGUCUUUCUAUGGCCGCUUUCAACUCAUUGAUUUUAGCUGGUUUUAUGUUGUAAACUUUGUGUUUAACAUGUCCUCACAUAAAAAAAAAUCAUAAAAAUAACAAAUAAAUG